AUGGAGCUCGUGCGCGUCAUCUUCUCGGUUGCGACAGCGACGUUGGACACGGGUGAGAGCACGGGCCUAGCGGAGUUACGGACGUCGGCGCGGCAAGCGACGCUGCAGAUCGCACACGACAACACGCCUCUGUUCAUGACGACAUUGUCACACGACAUCCUGCAAGCACGCUCGCCGGCGCACUGCAGCGCGACGAUGCGGCUGGUGGCGUUCAUGGUGCGGCGCAAGCCGCUGCUGCUGCAUCCGAACCUGCCGCGCCUGGCAGAGGCAGUGGUCAAGUCGCUUGACCCGAAUGCGACGACGAUGCGGCGCGACCUGGUGGUACAGGCUGCGACGGUGAUGAUCAGCGAGCUGGUGCACUCGUACCCGUCCAUCGCGUUUCAUGGGACGCUGCAGCGCCUUGCGGUGGGCACGCACGAGGGCGCAGUGAUCACAUACGACCUCAAGACCGCGACAAGACUGUACGUGAUCGAGGGCCACCGCCGGCCGGUGAGCGCGUGCAGCUACUCGCCCGACGGCAGGCGCCUCAUAACGGUCAGCCUCGAGGAGGGUCGCGUUCUAGUGUGGAAGGUGGGCAGCAGCCUGGCAUCGGUCUUUACACCCGGCAGCCUGCCGCGGCAGGGCGGCACGGACCGCUCCGGCGCGUACAAGGCUAUCGAGUUUCACGUCGCGGGUAAGUGCCGACGCUGA